CAUGGACACUCUCAACGUGUGCAUUUUACUUUGCUUGGCAGCCGCAGUCGGCUGUGUGCCGACGGCCUAUUUGACGCAACACGAAGGCAAUUUUGCAGAGAGCUACCUGAAAAAAUUCUACGACCUUCAGGAGAGCGGCCCAUCGGUCAGACGGGGGAUCAGUCCACUCAACCAGAAGCUGAGUGAGAUGCAGAAAUUCUUUGGUUUAGAAAUCACAGGGACGCUGGAUGAUGACACCUUGGAGAUGAUGAAGAAGCCUCGCUGUGGCGUUCCAGACCAUAAAAUUUCUCGUUUCACCACUUUUGGAAACAACCUCAAGUGGGAGAAAAAUAGUCUAACGUACAGGAUAGAGAACUACACACCAGACAUGUCCCAGUCGGAGGUAGAUGAUUCCAUCCAAAAAGCUCUGGACGUUUGGGCCAAAGUUACUCCUCUUCGAUUCACUAGAAUCUACAGCGGCACAGCAGACAUCAUGAUCUCAUUUGGUCGCCGAUCACACGGUGAUUUUUACCCCUUCGAUGGUCCUGACGGAACUCUGGCCCAUGCCUUCGCUCCAUCCCCCGGCAUCGGAGGAGACGCCCACUUUGAUGACGACGAGACCUUCACAUUCCGCUCAAAUUCUGGAUACGUUCUUUUCCUGGUAGCAGCCCAUGAGUUUGGUCACUCCCUGGGCUUGUCCCAUUCUCAAGACCCCGGUGCCCUCAUGUACCCCAUAUACUCGUACACAAACCCAAACAGCUUUCGCCUGCCACAAGAUGACGUCAACGGCAUCCAAUCUCUUUACGGUCAGAAUCCUGAUACGGAUACUGAUACAAAUCCUGAUAAGCCUCAACCCCCCACCACUCCCAAUGCUUGUGACUCAAGCUUGGUGCUGGACGCUGUGGCCACCCUGCGUGGAGAGAUGCUCUUCUUCAAAGACAGGUUCUUCUGGAGAAUCUAUCCUCAGAGCAGGAAACCUCAGCAAAGCUUCAUCACAAACCUGUGGUCCAAUGCCCCCAACAGAGUCGAUGCUGCUUACGAGAGCAAAGAGUCCGGGAAUGUUUUCCUUUUUAAAGGUGGACGAGUGUGGGCUUUCCGAGGCUAUGAUCUCGUUCAAGGAUAUCCUAAGGCGAUAACACAUUUCGGUUUGCCCAAAAGUGUGAAAAAAAUCGAUGCAGCUCUGUACGAUAAGGAAUCUCGAAAGACUCUGUUCUUUGUUGGCAGAUCCUACUACAGCUACGAUGAGGCCAGGAAGACGAUGGACGAGGGAUUCCCCAAGCGUGUUUAUGAGACCUUUUCUGGUCUGACCGGGAAGGUGACGGCAGCUUUCCAGUACAGAGGUUUUACUUACAUCUACAGCGGAUCCCAAAUGUUGGAGUACAGCCUAAGCACGGGGACGUUCUUCCGCGUGCUCGGGAACAACUACUUCUUGCCUUGCACUAACUUCUAACUUCUUCAGCUGAUUGUAUUUCUGUGAAGGACAUUUUUCCAGCAAUGCUGCAAUUGUAAAGUGGAAUACUUUCUAAGAACAUCACAUCACCCGAGGAUGAAUUAUUUCAUGUAGCCAUAAGUUAACAUAUUUAUCAUGUGUAAUAUUCCUGAUUGUUUUCUUUGUUAAACGGUGGAUCACAGGAGAUGACUUUGUACAAGCGUGUAUCCCAGCCUAGCCAAUUAUUUAUAAAGCACCUUAAACUGUAUUCUAUGUAUAUUUGCAUUUACAUAUGCAAAUAUGGGACAAAUAAAAUAUAUUCAUUUAAGUGUC